AGCGGAGCGCCGGGCGGGGGUCAUAUAUCCUCUCCAUGAUUCCCUCCGGUGAAACGGACCUUACUUAAAACAGAGAUGAGUAACAUCCGAGGGAUCGGCUGGGGGGGGGUUGUGGAGGUAGUGCAACAACUACCAUACUUUCACCUCCCGUCACCUGUGAGUGAUGGGCUUUGGAGUGCAGUAUUAAAGUCGAUGGAAGUUGUUUGCUGAGGACGCCUAAAAAAUCAUGGGUGUGCAUAGCCACGUGCCGCAAACACGCCUACUUACACCCAACUGUAACUUCGAAUACGUCAUCAUCAGGUUUGCUUGUGCUAUUGCAAAGCGUUCGCAAUGAAAGAUUCACCGUUCUUAGCGCCUGCGAGGCACAGUGUGCUCCUGCAGACAAUCGUGUACCAUUACAGGUGCCGAUGACGUCGUGCACCCGUACCCCGAAACUCUCAAGCCUCAUAAUCUCGACCAACUUCCAUCAAACGCAAUUGUCAAGGCAUCCACUCUCCGUCGUAUCCAAAAUCUACUCGUCGUCAUCUCUAGUAUUUUCCAGAGGUCUCAACACCAUCACCAGCAAAAUGUCGUGGAUGGACUCUUGGUCUCGUCCGAGCAAACAUGCCGUCACUCCACCGCCCCUAUACCUCACCGUCGGCGACUCAGUCCCAUAUUGCCACAGUUGCGGUCGAGUCAUCGGUGACCGACGUAAAACACAAAAGGCCGCAGAAGUAAAGUACUGUUCAGCAAGAUGCCGCAAUAGCAAACCCGGUCCAAUUGACCGCAAAAUCGAAGCCACUUUCGCAGCUCUGCUAAACGGCGCGAGCAUAGAGUCAUUGAAAGAAGAUGCUGGGGCAGAGCCUGCAAGUGAUGGCGUAAAGAUGGAUCGAAAUGAAGAAGAUCAUGAUUAUGGAAAAGGCCGCAAAGGCGAAAAGAAGCACAAAAAGAAGCCCUCUAAGAUGACAAAAGGCGAUCACAGAGUCAUCAUCGAGUGUAGCACUGUAGAAGAAAUCGUCUUUCAGCGCGAAAAAGACCCCGAGAAAGUGUACGGGCGCCGUAAAAAUCGCAAAGCGCGCUUUGUAGUCGAGAAACCAGAGGACUGGCGAAGCGUAGAUAUGGUCGAUCAUCCGACACCAGGAACUGCUUCCAGUGGCACAGAAGCUUCAACACAACCUCCGCCGCCAGAUCUUACCAGUGACGAAGAUACCAUCUCAGACUCUGAGGACGAAGCCGAUGGUGGAGUCGUGUUGGAGCCUUCCUCGCCACCAGGAACCACCUCACAUGCUCUCUCCGACACGAUAGAAUAUGGCUACGGAUCCGGCAAGAUCCGGCCUCCACAAGCUCAAAACGACGUCAAUGGCUCCGUCGGUGGCGAAAAAGGCUGGGCCGAGCGCAUUGAGGAGACAGACGAGAUGAAACUGAAGCGCCGCGAAGGCCAGCGAAAAGCAGACGAACGGGAAAUGGUGCGCAAAGCAGCGAGACGCGGAUGUGCCUUUGGCUUCACGGUUCCCGACGAGCCCGAGAAGAGAAAGUGCGAGGCCGUCAUGAAAGGCGCUGUUGUCGAAGCGAGCUUUGCAAAGGGCGAAUGGGGUGUCAGAUGGCGAGAACUGAUAUAAAAAUCAACUAAGAGCAUUACAUGGAACACUUGGAUUUUUUGCUUGUAGUG